AUGUCUCGAACAAAAGCCUUAGCCAGGGGGUAUCUUUGGUGGCCUUAUUUAGACAGGGACAUUGAAGACAUGGUUGAAAGAUGUUCAGCUUGCGCAUCUACUAGAAACACUCCAAAAGAAAGCCCCCUGCAUCCUUGGAUUUGGGCUUCUAGACCGGGGCAACGAGUGCAUAUAGAUUAUGCAGAAUAUAAGGGGCAGUCCUUUCUUGUUAUUGUCGACAGUUAUUCAAAAUGGCUGGAAGUCAUACCAGUGAAGUCCACCACAAGCAGCAAUACCAUAGAGAAGUUAAGAACAUGGUUUGCCUCAGUUGGAAUACCUGAAGAAAUAGUGAGUGACAAUGGGCCCCAGUUCACAUCUUCUGAGUUUCAAGACUUCAUGAAGCACAGUGGAGUUAGACAUACACUUGUACCGCCCUAUCAUCCUCAGUCAAAUGGGUAUCGCAUAACUCCACAUAGCACUACUGGUACAUCACCUGCAGAACUAUUUCUUAAGCGCCAGUUAAGAACCCGGUUGAGUUGCAUUAAACCUAAUCUUCGGGAGUCGGUGGAGGAGAAACAGCAAAAGAUGAAAGAACAACAUGAUGGUGGACAGUGUAAAGUCGGGGAAUUUCAGGGAGGUGAACAAGUUCAAGUGAAAACAACUAUUCCAGGACAAAAAUGGAAGUGGAUAUCUGGUGUGAUUCAUAGAAAGUUGGGACCAUUAACUUAUCUUGUGCGAGUUGGAAAACGCAUCCGCUAUUGCCACGUAGAUCAUUUAUUAGCAUCGUCUGCUACGAUGCUGGAGCCGGAACUUACACCGCUGCCCUUUGAUGUAGAGUUACCCUCUUUUAAGGAGUCAGGAAUGGAUCGGGCCUUAGUGUCUCCAGAUGAAACAGGAAAGGGAACUCCUGAGAUGGUGGAAACUCGAGAAAAACUUGCGGACUCUGUAAACAAGGAUACCAAGGUGCCUGAUCAGACUGAUGCAGUGCCGGAACGUCGUUAUCCACUCAGGAUGAGGAAACCCACUAAAAAAUUGGACUUAUAG